AUGUUAUAGUCGCAAUCAACUCACACAGCACCCAUUCAAUCUGCUAGUUACACAGUCACUCUCUUAAAAAAGCAACUUAGAUGUAAUUGAUUUAUCUUAAAAUUUUAGAAUUGGAAGAGAGCAAAACAAUUGAAGGAGUUUCUGUUGGAUUAGAGGGAAAUAGUUUGUAUUCUUGGAAUAUUAGCUUUGCGGGACCUUCGGAUACUUUAUAUGAAGGCGGAUAUUUUUAAGCUCUAAUGAAAUUUCCAGAAGAUUAUCCCAAUUCCCCACCAACUUUUAGAUUUUUAACAGAAAUGUGGCAUCCAAAUAGUAUUUUGAUUAUCAUUAAGCGUAGUCUAUACUGAUGGAAGAGUUUGCAUUUCAAUUUUACAUGCAUAAGAUGAAUUCAAUGAUUAAGAACCCCCAGAAACUAGGUAUAUUUUUAGAGAAUUAUCUUAGAUGGCGACCAAUUCUCACACCAGAAGAUGUUUUAAUAUCUAUAGUUUCAAUGUUGUCAGAGCCUAAUAUUAAUUCACCUGCAAAUGUUGAUGCUGGAAUUCAAUUCAGAGAUAAACCUGAUGAAUAUAAGAAGAAAGUGAGAAAAUUGAUUGAUAAAGCAUUAGAAAAUUUAUGACUGCGU